AUGCCUGAAAAUGGACCCACGUGGCAGGACUUGCCAGAUUUAUUCAAACGAGAGCUGGUUGGAUAUCUUGAUUUCAAGUCGAGACGUCAACUUCGUGCGUGCUCCCAAAAUGAUAAAGUCAUCGUGGACAGCUGUCCACUGUUCAUUGAAAAGCUUGCAUUCUUCUUCGCCUCAUCAAAAGAUUCCCUUUAUUUGACUGCUAACACGAAAAUGGCAACGAAACACAGUUUCAAUGGUACUGAAAACACCACUCUCGACUUGAUUCAAACCUUCAUUCAUCUGUUUCAACAUCCCAAAUCUACAGUUAAAGAGUUGACUAUGGAAUUUUCGGAUAAAGAGAAAUCAGAAAAGUUGAUAACGGAAAUUGAUAAAGUUGAGUGGAUUUUCAAGAUGAAUGCGAUGAAACUAAUUUGGUACAGCUGUAAGAACAACCUUGCUGCUGUACAGUUUGUUGAAUACUUGACUCCUGUUACGUUAAAAACUAUAAGGUUUGAAUAUCAGUCUGAAAAUCUGGAAAUGAUGAGAAAAUUAGUGGAGACGGAACAGUGGAGACAGGCACAAAACCUCGAGACUUCUACAAUAAUUCCUGCGGGAAUCGAUAUCGAAAAGUUCUCUCAUGCAAGGAGGUUGAAAAUCAAGGUUCGAGAAUCGGAGUUUGAUAUUGAGAAAAUUCAAAACCUUAUUUUGAGAUUCAUGAAAAACGACUACCCUUCAGGGUCUUACUUCUCAAUACUGACCUACUUCUGCCGUAAUGAUGAAGAAUCGGAAGCGGACGAAACAAAGCUCAGGGUACCUAUAGUGGUACAUGACAGAAAUAUUGCGGUCAGAACCCAAACAUACCUCAACAUGCCAAACAGUAACAAUUUUCUCUUGAUUAGGAGAUCAGAUAUUGGAGUCGAGGGACUCGUGAGGGACAAUGAUUAUCCCAUCGAAUAUUUCAUUUUAUAA